AUGGCAACCACAGGCAUGCAGUUGCUGGGCCUGAUCAUGUCCAUUGUGGGCUGGGUAGGUGGGUUAGUAGUCUGCGCCAUCCCCCUGUGGCGAGUCACUGCCUUCAUCGGUAACAACAUAGUGACGGCUCAGAUCAUUUGGGAAGGCCUUUGGAUGAAUUGCAUAGUGCAGAGCACAGGUCAGAUCCAGUGUAAGGUGUAUGAUAGCUUGCUGGCUCUGCCCAGUGACAUGCAGGCUGCCCGCGGCCUCACAGUGUUCUCCAUUCUCCUCUGUGGUCUGGCUCUGGCUCUGGGGGUCUUAGGAGUCAAGUGCACUAAAUGCAUCGGUGUAAACAGUGUCAAGGCCCGCAUCGCUCGCAUUUCUGGCGCCCUUUUUGCCAUUGCAGGGUUCCUUUACCUUGUGCCCGUCUGCUGGACUGCCCACUCCAUCAUCAGGGAUUUUUACGAUCCACAUGUGGCAGCUCCUCACAAGCGUGAGCUUGGCCCUGCCCUUUACAUCGGCUGGGGCGCAGCAGCCCUGCUCCUCAUUGGGGGAUCUCUGCUCUAUGCGGGGUCAAGUCCCCCUGGCAUCCCAGGUUCUCCCACCUUCAGCAGUGGAGAAAGUAGUCCUCGCAGGGCACCUGCCACACAAGUCAAAGGUUACGUCUAAGUCCUAAAAUGUCUGAAAGAAUUCCACAAAUCCACCCCAAAUGAUGACAAACCUGUUUUUCCUCUUAUUGAAUUUGCUCCUUUGUAAUUAUUUUAUAUUUAAUGUUACUCCAGUUUGCUUUUUUUCUUUUGAAAAGCCACAUGAGACUGUUUAGGGAAAAUUGAACUCAUUAUAAUAUUUCAUACCUGAUAUCCUUCAAUAACCCUUUUCUCUGUUUGCCAGUAAAAUACAAUAAAAGUUGUAUCCUCUACUGAGGGAAA